AUGUCCAAGAUGACGCUGGUCGAGAAGCUGGCCUACCAGCACCCCUACGACGUGGAAAGCAAGUUUCCCGCAUACGUGUGGCAGACCUGGAAGUACAGCCCCGCGGACGGCAAGUUUAAGUUCCGCGAGGAGGAGGCCACCUGGACGCGGCUGCACCCCGGCUUUACGCACGAGGUCAUCACGGACGAGGUGGCCGAGGGCCUCGUCAAGCUGUACUAUGCGGCCGUGCCUGAGGUCCUCCAGGCAUACGACGCCCUGCCGCUGCCGGUGCUCAAGGCCGACUUCUUCCGAUACCUGAUCCUGCUGGCGAGGGGCGGCGUAUACAGCGACAUCGACACGACCGCGCUCAAGUCUGCCGUGCAGUGGAUUCCCGAGAGCGUGCCGCGCGAGUCCGUGGGCUUGGUGGUGGGCAUCGAGGCCGACCCAGACCGGCCGGACUGGCACGACUGGUACAGCAGACGGAUUCAGUUCUGCCAGUGGACCAUCCAGUCCAAGCCGGGCCACCCGGUUCUGCGGGAGGUCGUGGCUGCCAUCACCGAGGAGGCCCUCCGGAAGAAGCGGACCGGUCUGCUGGAUAACUUCAAGGAUAAGAACGUGAUCGAGUUCACUGGCCCCGCCGUCUGGACGGACGUCAUCUUUGGCUACUUCAACGACGCCCGGUACUUUGACAUAAGCAGCAGCAAGGGCGCCAUUGACUGGCACAACUUCACUGGCAUGACCGCCACCAAGAAGGUCGGCGACGUUAUUGUGCUGCCCAUCACGAGCUUCUCGCCUGGCGUGGGCCAGAUGGGCGCUGGGGACUAUGAUGAUCCCAUGGCUUUUGUUAGGCACGGGUUCUCGGGCACAUGGAAACCGGCCAAAGAGAGGCAUAUAGGCGGCUGA